AUGGUCCAUUUCUUAGCUAUUCAAGAAACUAAAUUGGGGGUGUCAGUGAAUUUUACUUUCAAUGGUUUUUGGGGUCGAUCAGCGUAUAGCGUGGAAGUUGUCGAAGCUCAGGGUCGUUCCGGGGGGUUGGCGUGUCUGUGGAAUCCUGCUAUGUUCUCGUGUGAUGGUGUGAUUAAAGAUCGGUACUUUUUAAUGUUGUCUGGCACUUUGGUGCAUUCAGGUGAUAGGAUUAAUUUGGUGAAUGUUUAUGCUUCGAAUGAUGCAUCGAUUCGAAGGAAUAUUUGGUCUAACCUGAUUGGUAUUAAAAACGCUAUACAAGGGCUGUGGGUAUUCAUGGGGGACUUCAAUGAGGUUAGAGACGCUUCGGAACGCCUUAAUUCGGAGUUCUCUUCAGCUAAUGCAGAGGCGUUUAAUCAUUUCAUCCUAUUCGCGGGUCUUAGUGAGUAUCAAAUGGGUGGCGGAAGGUUUACAUAUAUCUCCGAUAAUGGGGUCGAAUUAAGUAAGUUAGAAUGGUUCCUUGUUUGUUUGGGUUUCUUGGAGAAAUGGCCGAUGGCAUCGGAUCAUAGACCAAUAUUACUCUCUACCUUACCAUCAGAUUUCGGUCAUAUCCCGUUCAGAUGCUUUAAUUCUUGGCUAGAGAUCCCCGGUUUCUUGGAUAUGGUCAAAAAAUGUUGUCUGUCCUUUGUUUUUAACGGGCCAGCCGACAUGGCUUUGGCCGUUAAACUGCGUGGGCUAAAGAAUAACAUUAAGGCUUGGUUGAAGAGAGAAAAGGAACAAUCUGAUGGGGUUUACGAGGCAAAAAAGAACCAUGUACGUUUCCUAGAAAAUCUAGCCGAGGAGAGGGAAUUACUAGUUAGCGAGCUGAAUGAAAGGUCUGAAUGUAUUAAUUCUGUUAUGGAGGUGGACCGAAGGAAACAGUUGGACGCUCGUUAG